AUGGGCAGCUCAAACCAGAACCCCCGUGCUUGGUGGAAAGAGAGCUCGGUAUACCAGAUCUACCCUGCAUCCUUCCAAGACUCGACAGGCACCGGAGUGGGUGAUCUGAAGGGCAUCAUAUCUCGUGUCGACUACCUCAAGAACCUGGGCGUCGACAUAGUGUGGCUUUCACCAAUCUUCAAAAGCCCCCAGGUUGACAUGGGAUAUGAUGUCAGCGACUACGAGGUCAUCGAUCCCCCAUACGGGGACAUCUCGGACGUCGAUGUCCUCAAGGACAAGCUCCACGAGCGAGGAAUGAAGCUAGUCCUCGACCUAGUCGUGAACCAUACCAGCGACCAGCACGAAUGGUUCAAGGAGUCUCGCAAGUCCAAGGAUAACCCGUACCGUGACUGGUAUGUCUGGCGACCUGCAAAGUACGAUGCAGAUGGGAAUAGACAGCCUCCGAACAACUGGCAUGGUCAUUUCCAAGGAGACACAUGGGAGUACGACGAGACAACAGACGAGUACUACUUGCACCUCUUCUGCAAGGAGCAGCCAGACCUCAACUGGGAGAACCCAGCGGUCCGGAAAAAGGUCCACGAGAUCAUGCGCUUCUGGCUCGACCGCGGAGCCGACGGCUUCCGCAUGGACGUCAUCAACUUUGUUAGCAAGGACCAGGCCUUCCCCGACUCGGACCAGACCGUCCUCCGCGGCCACGAGUUUUACGCCUGCGGCCCGAGAUGCCACGAGUAUCUCAAGGAGAUUGGCGAGAUCCUGCGGGAAUACGAUGCCUUUAGCGUCGGCGAGAUGCCGUGCGUUCACGAUGAGCGCGAGUUGAUCAAGGCUGUGCGUGCUGACCGUGGGGAGCUGAGUAUGAUUUUCCACUUUGAGCUGAUGGAUCUUGACCACGGUCCAGGGGGCAAGUUCACACCUAGGACCUGGAAGUUGUCAGAGCUCAAGGCCACCACCCACAAGUGGCAGAAGUUCAUGUACGACAACCAGGGCUGGAACGCCCUGUAUCUGGAGAACCACGACCAGCCUCGAUCCGUCAGCCGCUUCGUUCACGAUGAUCCCCAGAAUCGUGUCGCAAGCGCCAAGCUGAUUGCAGUCUUCCUCGGCUUCCAGUCCGGCACGCCCUUCAUCUACCAGGGCCAGGAGAUUGGCAUGACCAAUGUGCCCAAGGACUGGCCCCUGGAGGAGUAUAAGGAUAUUGACUGCCUCAGCCAUUGGAACACCCACAAGGAUAACGCCGAUGCUGCAACCCUCGACUCAUACAAGGUCGAGUACCAGCUCAAGUCUCGCGACAACGCCCGAACCCCUAUGCAAUGGGAUGCAACCCCCAACGCGGGCUUUACAGCAGCCGAAGUCACGCCCUGGAUGCGCGUUAACGACAACUACCGUGACAUCAAUGCUGCCUCACAGACGUCGGACCCGGACUCGGUGUACCACUGCUGGCGUCGUGUGCUCGAGAAGCGCAAGGAGCACGUCGACAUCUUCGUCUACGGAGACUUCCAGCUGGUCGACGAGGCGCACGAAAAGGUGUUUGCGUACUCCCGGAAGGCCGACAACGGUGAUGCUGCGCUCGUCGUGUGCAACUUUGCGGCCGAGACGGUCUCGUGGACUUUGCCUGCCAAGGCCAGGGAGGUGUUGAUCAGUCCUACCGGGAGGACCUUGGAGGAGCUGAAUGGUAGAGAGAUCCAGCUUGCUCCUUGUGAGGCCUUUGCAAUUCUCAUGUAA